CCGCAAACCUGAUUCCAGAGGCGAGUCUGGACUGCUGAGUCAGCUCCAAAUUGGAACACGCCGGCGGGGCCUUUCUUCUUUGGGAAUGUCGAGAAAUGCUCACGCGCCUUGGCAGUGGGCACUCUAGUCUAAUUAGGUUGGCGUAUUUCCCCCAGCCUCCAGACAAAAACGGAGACAAAACUGCUAGUCCUAUUAAGGCUAGCGUCACUGUUUGCCAUUUCCAGCCAAUUGCACGAGGGGUAUCUUCUCUCAGCUUGUGGAAAUUGGCCCUGAUGCCUGGUAGAUGCUUCGUGACAACCAGCGGAGAUCGAAUUCCUAGUAUAAGUGCAGCUAUUUUGAAAAUUACCAAUAGAUUGGACUCCUAUAUUGCGUUAGUAGCUUUAGCAAAUCCAUGUGAGAGUCGUCGUUUUUUUCGCAAAACAAGCUAAGCCAGUCAACCCCACAUGUCGCGACUGUCGAGGGAAGGAGAGGGGAUUCUUUCUCCAAGACAACAAUCUCCCCUCUUUCUUCUAACAAGUGAUGCACCCGGAAUUACACCUGAAUGAAACGUUUCGCUAGACCCAUCUUUCAGCCUCCACGCCUGUUUCGACCUACCUUGUCGAUUCUACAGGCCAGACACGGCUCGAGACCUAUCGCGAACAUGGCAACAUCCUCU